AGAGGAAGGAGAAUGAGAAAAAACCCGCCUUCAUUUUAAAUAUGGACGACAUGUAAACACGGGAACGUCUCGUCGCUGCUUACGAGGCUGAGAUCUUCUGGUUCUUCUGCAGUUGUUCGGUCGCAGUGACUGUUUGUGUCCGGGUUCGUGUCCUCGUGUUCCGGCAGAGAUCCACCGCUUCAGGAGGUAAGGGUUCACUUCCUGGUCAGAGAUCCUCUAUUAACCCUUUGAGAGAUGCCACCAAAGAAAAAGGCCGGAGUGGCUACAAGAUCAGCAAAGUCAGAGAAAGCAGAAGAAAGUGAAACAGCCUCAUCUGGUGGGAAGAGGAAGGCGGCGAAGGAGAGCUCGGAGUCACCUGAUUCUCCAGAGUUCAGUCGCUGGCUCAUGAAGUCUGAGCCCGACAGCCGCUUUGAGAACGGCAUCGAUGUGAAGUUUGGGAUCGAGGAUCUGAAGGCUCUGCCCGAUCAGACCGGCUGCUGGGAUGGGGUCCGCAAUUAUCAGGCACGCAACUUUAUGAGGCAGAUGAAAGAGGGACAGUCUGCCUUCUUUUAUCACAGCAACUGUAAGGAACCAGGGAUUGCAGGAAUCAUGAAAAUUGUGAAGGAAGCUUAUGUGGACCACACUCAGUUUGACAGGAAAGAUGUCCAUUACGAUGCAGGCAGCAAACCAGACAACCCAAAGUGGAGCAUGGUCGACGUCCAGUAUCAAAGAAUGCUGAAGCGUUACCUUCCUCUGUCUGAGCUGAAAAAAUACCACCUGCAGCACCGCGCCAAGGGAGGGCCUCUGAAGGACAUGGCUCUCUUUACAAGGGCCAGGCUCUCUGUGCAGCCCCUCACCACUGAGGAGUUUGACUUUGUCCUGAGUUUGGAGGACAAGGAGCCACUGUGAAAGUGGAGCCUUGUUGACCAUCAGUCCAGUGUUUAUCCAAAGAGUAAUUAUUGUAAAAUAAUUUUAAAUGUGUUUUUUGUGUGUUUAUGUUCACAAGUAUUAUUAAAUGCGUUUUUGGUCUAAUUGUGUCUCCCAGGCACCUUUUAUUUCCCUCUGAUUGAUACAGAACCAGAUAACUUCUACAGUUAUCUUCAGCCAAUUGGCUACAAAUCACUUGAAACACAUUUAUAAACACUGGAUGAAUGCUUUAUAGCUCUUAUAUUGUAUUUGUGAGCAGAAGCAAGUGACUCUUAUUGUAUCUGUCAACAACUGUAACAUCCUUUGAAGUCCUGUAUUUAUUGUAGGAAAGACUUAGUGUAAACAAUGGUUUUGAAUAAAUGUUCACUCACUUAAAAUAACAUUAAAACAGUGAGCUCCACAUUGAUGGAAACCUUCAAUCUCUGCUUGUAGUUUAAACUGUAAAUAAAUACUAGUAUCUUAAUACUGUGUACAAAUGGGCAAUUUGUAAUGUUAAAGAAAUACUCUGCAGACUUUCCCCUGCAGAGGGCGCCAAAUCCUGUGUAAAAUGGAAACUCCUGAUGAGAGAUGAGAGCGAGGAGAACUGGGUGUUGUUUACACUGCUGGGGUUUCAAGUUGAUCAAAAGUUUUUACAACCCUCGUAAUUAAAGCUUUUUGUCUCAGCAUGGAAAUGAUUAGGCCUCUAGCUUGGUAUAAAUGUGCCACUAGUGACCAUUAAAUUGACGAUUUAAAGCACAUGGGGAUUAAACAGAGGAGGCUACAGGCGUUAAAAACCAACGGGGCAAAUCAGACGAGUUAAUCACACGUUCUUUCAUGUCCCUGUUUUGUUGUUGUGACUGCCGCCAGUUUCUGCAGAAUCCCACCUAGUUGCUGUGAUUCCAAAGAAAAGCCUGAUAUGAUCAUUCUGGUUAUCAAACAUCACAAGGCAGGGAUCAGACUGGACACGUUUUUUCACACACUUGGAGAUAAGCACUCACCUUCAUAUCCUGUGUCGUACUCGUCCCGUACUGUGCACUUUACCUUUCAGCUCUUGUUCUUAAUCCUCUGAUGCAUCUUGUUUGUGUUUACUACCGUGCAUAUUAUCACAACUUCCAUCAAAGUGAGUAAACAAGACAUUGAGGAGGAUUCUCCUUUAAAUAAACUCAUAAAAACAUGA